AUGUCAAGCUUCAUUGCCAUAGAGAAACCCUCCCACCAGGCACUGUCAGACGCAGUCUUCGGCAGCUCUUUCCAACGCUCGGUGAACGUGAGCCGAGAUCACCCCAGCCCAAAUCCUUCCCCUGUAACGGCCGGCUCCGAUGGGGCCGUUGGCAGUUCCAACGCCAUGGGAACACGAGCUGUCAACAGCAACCGUUGA